CACGUUCCCACAUCCUUCUUCUAACAACCAAUUUUUUUUUCAUCUUUCCAAAAACACAUUCCAUUUUACUCCCUACAUUGCAAACAAAACAAUCAUCAAUUCUUCAUUCAUCAAAUCUCCCUUCUGAUUCACCAUUGCUGUCACAAUAUCCUUCAGUUUUCGUUCGUUUAAUAUCAUUUUCGACAACAAUUCUGCUGCGAUUCGCUAAUCUUUUGACCAUUUUACGAUCAAAUGGAGGAGGGUAAAUCAGAUGCCAAUUUAGAUGUAGACCCUGAACUUGAGGAGAUAUAUGCAGAUAUGGAAAUAAUGAAGGAGCGCUUCGCGAAACUGUUGUUAGGCGAAGAUAUGUCGGGUGGAGGAAAAGGUGUUUCGUCGGCUUUGGCUUUGUCGAAUGCGAUCACGAAUCUCGCAGCUUCCGUAUUUGGAGAAAUUUCGCAAUUGGAACCCAUGUCACCCGAUAGUAAAGCAAGGUGGCGUAAAGAAAUCGAUUGGUUGUUAUCUGUCACCGAUCACAUUGUUGAAUUUGUACCUUCAAAACAAAAUACAAAUGGCAUAAUGAUGGAGAUUAUGAUUACAAGGCAACGAAGUGAUGUACGUGGGAAUAUUCCUGCCCUAAAGAAGCUUGACGGAAUGCUCUUGGAAUGCUUAGAUAAUUUUAAGGAUCAAAAUGAAUUUAGCUAUGUACCUAAAGACAAUGCUGGAUCAAAAUCAAGUAAGAAAAGGGAAGACGAUAAAUGGUGGUUACCGACUCCAAAGGUUCCUCCAAACGGUUUAUCUGAUCUUACACGAAGAUGGUUAAACUUUCAAAAAGACUCCGCGAAUCAAGUACUCAAAGCAGCUAUGGCUAUGAAUGCUCACAUUCUUACAGAGAUGGAAAUCCCAGAAAGUUACAUUGAAUCCCUCCCUAAGAAUGGACGAGCAAGCUUAGGAGACACGAUCUACAAAAAUAUUACAGUUGAUCACUUCGAUCCAGAUAAUUUCCUUGCAGCUAUGGACUUAACUUCGGAGCAUAAAAUUCUUGAUCUAAAAAACAGAAUUGAAGCAUCCGUUGUGAUAUGGAGAAGAAAAAUGACAAAUAAAGAUGGAAAAUCAGGAUGGGGUUCGGGUGUGAGUAUAGAGAAAAGAGAACAAUUUGAAGAUAGAGCGGAAACAAUAUUACUUAUAUUAAAACAUCGGUAUCCUGGUAUUUCUCAAUCUGCAUUAGAUGUCAGCAAAAUCGAAAACAAUCGGGAUGUAGGUCAUGCAGUCCUUGAGAGCUAUUCAAGAGUACUAGAAAGCUUAGCACACAAGGUAAUGUCGCGAAUCGAAGACGUAUUACACGCCGAUAAUCUAGUAAAAAAUCCAUCAAGCGAUCUAAAACGAAACUCUCUUAAAGAUUCAGCAUCAAGAGCAUCAGGAAAAUUCCCUAAUGCAAAAGAAGAGUUAGAAAAAAUUAAUUACGCAAAUGCCCCUACCUCGAUGACAUUAUCCGAUUUCAUGGGUUGGACUUUAGAACAAGAAAACGAAUCCAAAGAAGACCUAUCAAAUGGAAAUGAAACCGCAAAGUUAGGAAAACAAACAUCGGCUACAAAUAGCAAGAAACUUUCGUAUAUAGAAAGGCUCGAGACGUUAGGAGGAAGAAGUCCAUCAUCUCGUCAGUGACCGCGAUGUUGAUGUUAGAAAAAGUGUAAGUGAAGUUAUAGACAUUAAUGAAGUUUCAUGUGUAAAUAUUCAGACUUACAUAGAGUCUGCAAUUUUGUCAUGUGUAUAUAUAGGGGAUGCAAAAGCACUUUAGAUAAGUGCUAAUAGCUAAUCUUGUACAAUUAACAUUAUAUUUCAACUUUCACCAUUGUAAAAAUAUAUGGUUAUUAUGAAGAAUUUACAGCAA